AUGGAUUUGGAGGAGAAUGGGAGCCCAAUAGAGAGGUUCGUGGAUGAGACGGAAGGUGGGCACUUUUUUGAUGAGCGUGAUGAACGGUGUUCUAUGGACACGCUAGAGCGGCUGCUAUGGGAUGACUUUUGGCACAUUGAGGUUCUUGACACGAAAUAUCAAUUCAUUCACUGUCUGGUGCGGGAUGAAAGAGAUAUGAAUUUCAGAUUCAAUGCAGUCUAUGGACACCUUUUUCCUAGUCGGCGUGACAUACUUUGGCAACAAUUGGCAUAUAUUCAAGUUGCGAAUGAUCUGUUGUUAUUUGGGAAAGCUGAUGUAGUCUCUGCUGAGAAUGUUGCUCAAGUAUUGGAUGAGUUCUGCACAAGCUCAGGUAUGAAAGUUAGUACUACAAAGACUACCAUAUCUUUCUCCAAAAAUGUGAAAAAUGAAACUCGAAGAAACUUGAAAGAGUUGUUGGGAGUGCGUGAAGUGCAGGGCUUGGGUAAAUACCUAGGAGUCCCCUUAUUGCAUAGGAGGGUGAAUAAGAAUACAUAUGCUUACAUUGUUGAUAUAAUGAAGGGCAAAAUAGCGAAUUGGACCAUCGGUAGAAUGUCAUUAGCAGGGAAAGUCUCCUUAGCUCAAUCAAUGCUGAGUACAAUGCCCCUUUAUGCUAUGCAGACAGCAAAAAUCCCAAUAGGCACAUGUGAUGAAAUGGAGAAAGUGAUCCGAGGUUUUGUGAUGAGCAUGGUGGCAUGGGAUAUGGUGACCUGCUCAAGAGAAGAAGGUGGGUUAGGAUUGAGAAAUCUUCAUUUGGUGAAUAAUGCUUUUGGUAUGAAGGCAGUGGAUUUUUUCGUUGAUAGCUCAGGUUUGGCAUGGGAUAUGUUUGAGCGAUUUGUUCCAGCUGAGGUAGCUAGUAUUAUUGCUGCUACUUCACCUCCAAGAGCAAUGGAAGAAGAUGAUGUAGCUUUUUGGGGACCUUCGUCGACAGGAGACUUCACAGUAAAAACCGCAUAUGACAGUCUAGCGAGAGUGCCUGAAUCAGUAAGUUACUUACCGUGGGCGAGAAUUUGGAAUUGGUAUGGGCCACAACGAAUUAAGGCUUUCUUUUGGCUUCUCUUGAAAAAUGGUGUGCUGGUUAACACAGAAAGGAGGAGAAGCUCUAAACUUCAAACGGGAAGUGAGGUGAAUUCGUGCACCAUCUUUGGAGUGGGGUGCUGGAGUGUGUGGAAGAAAAUGUGUGGAUUCGUUUUGAAUAAUGAAAGAUUGAGUUCUAAGCCUGUUAUAUCACAAACUAUAAUUAUGGCAAAGAAUGUGGAGUAUGCGAGAAUGGCUGCUGUAGUGGGUGAGGGUUUGCCUAGACAACCAGUGUCAGUCUUCUGGCAACCACCAUUGUCAACUAUAUUGAAGCUGAACACGAAUGCUUCCUUAGAGAAGGGGACCGGCCGUGCAUAUGGGGGAGGACUUUUCCGUGAUGUUUUAGGACAGUGGGGACAAGGUUUGUUGCAAACAUUAGAAAAUUGCAAAAAGGAUGAGAAUAAGAAUGUUGAGGUAGAGAACGACAAUCCUGUAGUUGUUGCUUUACAGAGAAAUUUGAGGUGA